GUCGGUGCGAUUUAAAUCUUUCCUAAAUUGAAUUUCGUAUUUCUUUGUUUGGGUCGUCCUUUUAAUUCUAGGGUUUUGGCCGUUUGGCGCUAAAAGUUAAAAGGAUGUUCCAGCUGCUGCUUUGCGCGGCGAUCUUGGGCGAAAUAGCGCUGAUUCUAGCGCUGCUGUUGGAGAUCAAACUGGCGGAGCCGGUGAUGAUAGCGGUAGAUCGCUUGAAACGAGGGAGGGGCCCACUCGUUGUGAGGAUCAUCGCUGGUUCGGUGUUGUUUGUGCUAGUGGCCAGGGUCUUCGGUACGAUCAACAUCAUCAAACGAACCACCAUGCUCAAUCCGAGUGUUCUCAUGAACAUGCUCCAGAUUUCUAUGACCGGAUUCUUGCUGUUUCUUUCAGUUAUUUUGGAUAGAUUGCAUCAUUACACGAGAGAAGUUUCUUUACUCAGGACUGAAAUGGAGGCUGCACAAAGAGAGAACCAAACUUUUCAAGAGGAGGAAAACGGAAGAGCCAUGGAGCUUAAGAUCUUGGGACAAGAGAUUGCUAAAUUGAGAACAAACAUCAUGAAUACGGAAACUGAAUAUGAGACGAAAGCAAAGGGGGCAAAGCUGGAAAAAACCAAGGCAUAUGCCUUGAGAAAGCAAUAUGAAGGACUCCUUGCGGAAAUUGAUCGCGUGCAGGAAGACAACCAAAUUCUUCGAAGCCAGCUAGAAUGGGUGGAUCUAAGCUAUGAUGACAAAACGAAACACGCAAGGAAGCGAUUACAUUAGCAAAUUUUAUUCAUAUGCAUAUGCGAGGGCUUUUUAGAUGUGGGAUUGAGGCAGAGAAAAGAAGAUAAGUGCACCCAUGUGUAUAUAAAGUGUAGGAAUUGACGCAAGGAAUUUGUGUAGUUUCGAAUUCUUUUAGUUCUGCUAAUGUGAAGAUUGCUCAAAGCACUGAACCCAUUUCAAAAUGUUACAUGUGGAUCCCCCUUAUCACAAAGCUAAAAUGAAAUGAGUUAUCGAAAGGUUUUUUCUUUCUUUUUUGUUGAAGGGUAAAAUUGCGAUUUUGGGAAAAUUCAUAAAAGUCCUCUGCUUCUAUAAAAACACGCAGAUUCUCAAUUUCGGUCUCCGACCUCUGGAUCUCUCUUGCCCGAGAUUUUAGAUUUUCGGUGUAAGCGUGAAGGCAAAAGGAUGGUGCAGCUGCUGUUGAUUUUGGGGCAGGGGUUGGUUUAUCUGCUCUACGCACUGAUUUUCAGCGAAAUGGUGCUGAUUAUGACGUUGCUGUUUGAUACUCCUGUGACGAAAACAGCGAUCUCGGAGUUGGAUAGUUUGAAGCUAAACCAAGGAAAGGGUCUAUUGCUUGUGAAGAUUGUCACUGGAACUCUGUUUCUGGUUGUAAUGGCUAACUUCUACAGUCUCCUCCGCAUGAAUAUGAAGAACCGAACCAACGAGGGCAGUGGGCUAAACCCAACAGAGGAGGUUCUCAAGUCCAUGAACAUACUCCAAAUUUCUCUAAUUGGGAUUGUGCUGUUUCUUGUACUGAUGAUAGAUAGCUUGCACCAUUACAUAAAAGGACUUCCUUCACUCGUGAUGGCCAUGGAGGCUGCAAAAACACAAAACCAAAGUUUUCGAAAGGAGAAAACCGGAAGUGUACAGAAGCUUAACACCAUGGUACAAGAGAAGGAUACAUUGAGGACAAAGCUCAAGUAUCUGGAAUCUGAAUGCGAGAGCGAAGCAAACGAGGCAAACAAGGCAAGAGCCGAGGCAGAGGCCCUAAGACAGGAAUCUGAAGGAUUCUUAAAAGAAUAUGAUCGAUUGCUCGCGGACAACCAAAAUUUUCGGAACCAGUCGAAAUUGGUUGAACAGAGAUUCACCAAGCAAACCACAUCACACCCUAAUGACAAAAAGAACUUGUAAGGGAGUUGUUAGUUUUUUUUUUUUUCGUAACUUUUUGUAUAUACCUCUUUCAGGAUGCUAUAGUAGGCAGAGAAGAAAAUGAGUCCACUUGUGCAAUUGGAUCAAUAUUUGUACGUAAAGGUACCCAAAUGAUGCAACAAUUGAGUUGAUAGAAUUUGGGUUCUCUUA